AUGUAAUGGUUAGAAUUAGAAUGAUAUAUUCAAAAGUAUGAACCGGGAUUUUAUGUCCUUUAACUCCAUCUGAUAAUAAGUUUUGCAUGGAAACAAACGUAUUCACAUCAAACACUAAGUAUAUAAUCUACCAAAACAUUAAAAUUACCAAUAAAGAUGCAAUAUGUGCGGAACACUAGCAAUAAGCAACUUUCUUUGCCCUUUCAUGCAAAUUUGCAAUCAAAUCAACUCCUAACCCUCCCAGAGAAAACUGCAUGUAAUUUUGAACGAAAUUCCUCGUUUACUCUAUCAACUGAAAUUGUCAAUAUAUUUUUAAAGGGAAAUGAUGCCAGGACCGAUGACGUUAGCGCCAAUGGGAUACCACCACUACAGCUAUCCACCACCGUUUCCCGUAAUGAGAAAGCAAUCGAUGGCCGAACGACAAAUUACCUGGCGGCAGUUGGGAGCAGACGCGUUGGCCACUACGCUAUCGGCGCUUUAUGGGAAACUCUUGGUCGUCAUGGGUACCGCUUUUCCAAUGGCCGAAGUUAUAUCAACUUACAUACCGCCGUCAUUUUACGAGGUGUAUUAUUUGUACCUUUACAUUGGGAGUAUGUUUUUCCUCCUCUACAUGUAUACAAUGCUUCUUAAAGAUAAACGGCAGCGGAAAAAAGAAGAGGAGGCGCAGAGAAAAGACAGCCAAAGUGACAAAGAGGAGAGUAUAUCCAACUCGGGAGAGGAGUCGGAUCGAGACUCGGGGGAAACGACACCCGAAACUACAAGUUCCCAAAUUUAUCGAUCUGCGAGGCGCGGGUCGAUCUCCUCCUCAAUACCGAAGCAGUAUCACUACGGAAGCUUCUACCUGCGAAUGGGAGCAGUCGCUUUUGGUAUUGGUAGCAUGAUCUACUCCGGGUUGGAAUUUGGGCAAUAUUUUGAACUGGAAACGAACACUAAGUGCCACAACGUAUUACUAGCAUUAACGCCUGCGCUGCGUAUGGCCUUCAUUUUUAUACAAAUGUAUUUCAUCUUCUUAAACAACGAGCAAAUGAAGAUUUACAAGCAUAAGUUGGCAGCAAGGUUUGGCCUAAUGCAUAUGAUUGGUACCAAUCUCUCCGUCUGGCUCAAUGUGCUGGUACAAGAAACGAAGCACGAAAUUCUAACGUUUUACAAUCCCGAAAACAACUCGCUACGCAUUUCUCAUCGUUUAACGUACAAGAGUAACAUUUUGAAUUUUCCCAAUACGGAUUUGGCAGAAGAAACGCACACCCAUCAUAUAGUUGCGCGCGGACUGAAGGGUCCGCAUCGGAUUUACGAAUGUCGGCGCACAAAUGUUUUGGGAACCCUAGUGCAGGACGCCUCGCCGUUUCUAUUUCCUUGCACCAUUGAGUACAGUCUAAUUUGCGCCGCAAUCCUGUACGUCAUGUGGAAAAGUAUAUGUAAACUUCCGCCCGCAAAUUCCCUCCCGGGCAAGAUGAAACCGGAGUUCGCCUUCCGGAAAAGCCCCCACCACUAUUCCGUCGACUGCGCGCGUGCGCACAAGGGACUAUUUUUGGGCAUUCUCCUUUUGGUACUAACAAUAAUCUCACUGAUCCUCUUCUUCGUUCUCAUCUCGAGAUCCGAGCUCUCCGGCUUGGCGGUUAUCGAAGUCAAUAUAUGCGAGCUAACUCUGUACGGAAUGACCACGCUGGCCACUAUCGUCGGAAUGUGGCAAAUCCGCCAGUUGAAGUUCGACGGAUCUCGAAAUAUACAGCUCGAUAAUAUACUGCUGAUAGGGGCGCAGACGGGGAUGUACAUAUACAGUAUGUUUACAAUAAUCGGAGGUCAGUUUACGAUCGAGAAGAACACAAUUUUGGUUUUGAUAACGGCGCUCGCGUCGCUCUUGCAGACGACUUUUCAGACCAUCUUCGUGCUAGACGCGUCCAGACGCUCGUGCGUCACGCCUGAUCAGAUCAAACGAAAACCCGGGCGGGAAAUUGUUACGUUUUUAUUGGUUACAAAUUUAGCGAUGUGGUUAAUUAAUACGUUAGAGAAAUCGCGUGCGGAUUCGCACCCGAUUCAGUUACAUUUCUACGGAUUAUGGGCGUGGACAAUUAUUACGCACGUAUCAAUGCCGUUGGCAAUUUUCUAUCGUUUCCAUUCGACCGUAUGCUUGUGCGAAAUUUGGAAACGAGCGUACAAAAUUAAGCCUACCUACAUGUGAAAUUUGGGAACCUCUUUGAGUUUUCAUGUUAUAGACAUUGAUAGGGUACCUUUUCAUUAAGCCCUUUGACGACUAGUUUAUUUGAUUUCAUCUAAACUUUAUCAGGAGCUUAUCCAGAAACGAAGUAGCGUGCGUAUCUCAACUUGCUUCCAACUCUACAAGCUUCCAGUUGUCUAUACAGACUUCUUGAGUUCCACUCUACUGUAUUACAUAUACCAUGUACUGAAGUAUAUCUGCAUUACAUUAUCAUUUAAAAGGCAGUUUGAAAUUGUGCGCCUAAUUGGCGACAUACAAUUAAAAUGAAUGUAGAAGAAUGUAAGACAAGCGUUGCUGAAAAAGCACCUCCUUGUGAAUAAUUUUAUCUGGUACAAUUGUCAACCGGUCUCAAAAACCAUUCAAUGUUCACAAAGCUAUAAUAAGAACAUAAUAUUUUAUUACGCUAUUGAAAACAACGUGCAAUACUUCAUUAACGUGAAAGAUGGAUGAGGUGAAUUAAUAUGGUCGGCGAAAUUGAAACGAAGGAACGGCGAUGGUCUUCCGCAAAUAAAAAUCGAAGUACAAAAGGCGUUAUGUAAAAAAAAAAGAAAACGCACACCGACUGAAUUUAUAGUAUAGUGUUAGUUAAAUGCUUUCAAAAGAAUGGAGGAGUCAAUGAAAACGCACGUGACGUUUUUAUUUUACUUGAAAUAAAUGCAAUUAGCGUAUUGUCGAGAUUUGCGGCUUCCUACAAUAAACGUGACGAGCAUCGAGUAGCGCUUUUAUAACGGCGUUUUCUUUAUCGCUCCUCCAUUAUUUUGUCACACUGUUCUGUUAUAUCUAUCUACUAGUAGUAAACAAAAAUGCUCAUGUAUGUACCUAAAAAGUGAACAUCCAAAGAAAUUUGCUCAUUUUACCUCAACGUAUAAUUAUAGGGAACAAUUUUUGUACGAAAGUUAUUUUUUUAAGUGUCUAUUUAGUAAUUUUUGAUAUCGGUGUUUUUUGUAAAAGUGUUCGGAAUAGUUAGACGUUUAAGAUAGGUGCAAAAAAACGGUAAAAACAAACAUAGUGGGCUUUAAUAAUCUUCAUCGUAGUACUAAUUUGUUAAAACACAAAUCGGUUAAUGUUAUAAUGUGCCAUAAUUUGUAAAUAAUUUUGAUUCUUUGUAAUUUAUAUAAAAAUUUAUUUCGUUGU